AUGAAGCUUGCCCCUACUACGAAACCUCUUCUCCGAGCUCAGUUAACGUCAAGGCCGGCCAACGGGCAUGUUGCGUUCAUUCCGCAAAUAAGGAAACUCGUCUUCGAGUACUGCGACAAAUGGCCAUCAUCCGCAAAUGCCCGCAGAUACAUACAUGACCACCUCGAGGACCUUGCCCGCACCAACCCACAUGUUGAAAUUGUGGUCAAGCAGCGGAAUCAGCGUGAACCAAUAAUUCGUGGUUUCUACUUGAAUGACAGGGAUAAGGUGAUCCCGCUCAACGGCUUCGAGGUGACCGGAAUCCAGCAGAAGGUCCAACUGCUCCUUGAUGCUUCUGGUGCCAAAAUCAAGCCUUUGAAGCGUCGGACUGUGGAGAGUACAACAGAAGCUGCGAGAGGCAUCUGGAGUGGUCUACAUGUCGACCAGCCAUUCAAAAUAUAG